AUGGGGUACACUAACCAUCGAUAUUACUUGCUUAAGGACCACCUAGAAAGGCGAAAGAGUAGGGCUUACAAUGGUAAGAUUGAGAAAUGGAAGAGAUCUUUGGAGUUGCCGGUGAAAAAGAUACAUGACCAGUUGGACAACGUGACAGGUGUCAUAUAUGGAAAGCAUCCAAGCAUUGAUGGAAAGAACAAGGACACGGACAAGGCACGGUUAGACUUGGAAGAUAUGGGUAUAUGGAAAGAGCUAUGGCUAACACAACGACCCAAUGGGUCAUAUGUCAAGCCUUGGGCAAGCUUUUCAUUGACACCUGCAGAGAGAGAGGGUUUCUUUGAAUUUUUAAAAACUGUCAAGUAUCUAGAUGGAUAUGCGGCAAACAUGUCCAAAUCAGUGAAUGCAAGAAAUGGUAGACUAACAGGCCUAAAAAGCCAUGACUGCCAUGUACUGAUACAAAGAAUUCUUUCCAUUGGAAUGCGUGGUUACGUGGAUAAAGAAAUUAGCACAUCACUUUUUGAGUUAGGCAAUUUCUUCCAAGACCUAUGCUCUAGGACACUAAGGCGGAGCGAACUGGAGAAAUUAGAGGAACGUAUAAUACACAUUUUAUGUAAGCUUGAAAAGAUCUUUCCUCCAGCCUUCUUUGAUGUGAUGAUCCAGUUGGCUAUUCAUUUGCCUUGUGAGGCUAUUUUUGGAGGACCCAUACAAUAUCGAUGGAUGUACCCAAUUGAAAGGUUUCUUGGAGCAUUAAAAAAAUAUGUGACCAAUCGAGCUCGACCAGAAGGUUCAAUUGCCGAGGCCUACAUUAUCAAAGAGUGCAUUACUUUUUGUUCAAUGUAUGUUGUUGGGAUUGAAACUGUGCAUAAUCGACCAGAACGGAAUGAAGAUCGCGAUGAACGUCAACAAGGGUUGACAAUAUUCACAGAAACUGCACGUCCAAUUAGUCUAAUCACACGAGAUGCUGAAAUGUCUCAAGAAAUUUGUGAUAUUGCUCAUUGGUUUGUGUUGCACAAUAGCCCGGAGAUUGAAAAGUAUUUGGAGUAUAUAAAUAGAUUGAGAAUGGAAGAGUCAUCAGAGGCAACUGAUGAAUUGUGGUCAUUAGCAAAUGGUCCUAAUUUGCUUGUGAAAGAGUACUCAGUUUGCAUAAUCAAUAGCAGCCGGUUCCAUACUCGAGAUCUAGACAAUCGUCAUACGAGUCAGAAUAGUGGUGUGCUUAUACAAGGGGAUCAUGAAGGAAAAUUGCAUGACUUCUACGGUCACUUGUGCAAGGUGUUAGAAUUUGACUACCUAUGUGAUAAAAAGGUUGUUUUGUUCCAGUGUGAAUGGUAUAACACCGGUAACACUGGUAGAAACAGAACAAUACGAUUUGAUACAUAUUGCACAAGCAUUGACGUCACAAGUCGGUGGUACCAAUCUGACCCAUUUAUCCUACCUAGUCAAGCUAAUCAAGUCUUCUAUCUGAAUGAUACCAAAUUGGGUGAACCUUGGAAUGUCGUGCAAAGGGUACAACAUAGGGGUGUCUUUGAUGUUCUAGACACUAGUGAUGGAGAAUUAUUAGAUUCUUCAGAAAAUAAUGAUGUGUUCCAACAAGAAAACAUUACUGAUGUUGUUGUUCCAAUUGACAUUGACCCAAUUGUUCAAUACUGUAGGGAUGAUGUUGAAUUCAAUGUUAUUUCGGAAGUAAGGUCAUUAGAUGAGAUAAUGGAAGAGAAUAGAGAUGAUGAAGGAGAUGAAGAACAUAACAUUCCUGAUGUUGAUAUGGAUCCUGAUAUGGAUUAA